CCUUCCUUCCUUCACCUUCUCGCGUGCCUGCGCCUGUGCGUUUGUGCGAGAUAGAGCGAGAGGGAGGGAGAGAGAGAGAGGGAGGGUCGUUCAUGGGUUUGUUUGUUCUCAUGGCAGAAUUUCAUGCGUCCUUUUCUCGGGCGUGAAAGUUUGGAUUUUUAUCGUUGUAAUGCGGUGAGCCGAUCGGUUUCUUUCUCGUCCAGCAAUGUCCACGGACACUUCCUUCGAAGAAGAUCUGCUUGACCCGUCUAAAUGCAGCAAGUUGAGUGUGGACGAGAAGAGAGAGCUCGUUCACCAUGUGUCCAAGUGGCCAAAUGGUGCCGCCGAAGCACUCCAAGCAUGGAGCCGGCAGGACAUUCUCCAGGUCCUCUGUGCGGAGAUGGGAAAAGAAAGGAAAUAUACGGGUCUGACGAAGCUGAAAAUCAUAGAGCAACUUUUGAAAAUCAUAUCUGAAAAGAAAUUAGGCGCAGCCGAGGCCACAGCGGAGCAAGAACAACAAUCUUCGCCUAGCCCGAGAUCUUUGAAGAGGCAGAGAAAAGCUGAAAAUCCAUCUCGACUUCCGGUUACAUCGACCAAUGUUCCGAUCAACAAUGCUGGUGGUGACACUGGCACUAUUGUAUUUUGCAAGAACUCAGCCUGCAAAGCUACCUUAAGCAGAGAGGACCGAUUCUGCAAGAGGUGUUCAUGCUGCAUAUGUUUUCUGUAUGAUGACAACAAGGAUCCUAGUCUUUGGCUGAUUUGCAGUUCAGAGCCUCCAUCUCAUGGUGAUUCAUGUGGCAUGUCAUGCCACCUUGAAUGUGCUUUGAAACAUGAACAGUCUGGCAUUGCAAUGGAUGGGCGGCAUAGAGGAGUUGAUGGGUGCUUUUCUUGUGUAUCUUGUGGAAAAGUAAAUGAUCUGCUCGGAUGUUGGAGAAAGCAAUUGAUGACUGCGAGAGAUACCAGACGAGUGGAUAUACUAUGCUACCGUGUAGCUUUAAGCAAGAAGCUUCUUAAGGGAACAGAGAAGUAUCGGAAGUGUUACGAAAUUGUCGAUGAGGCUGUGAAGAAGCUUGAGGCUGACGUAGGUCCUCUGACUGGUUUACCUGCAAAAAUCGGUAGGGGAAUUGUUAAUAGGCUUUCGACAGGACCGGAGGUUCAGAAGUUAUGCGCUUAUGCUGUGGAUGCGCUGAACUCCAUGCUUUCUCUCACCAACUUGCAUUCAUCUCCAAUUCCUGCGAGACAAGGCUUGACUUUGAUAGUCCCAGACAUGGUCAGAUUUGAAAAUAUUACCACUACAUCUCUCACUGUGAUGUUGUGUUGCGAAGAUCAUUCACCUGAUGAUUCUCUUCAUUACACCUUGUGGCAUCGGAAAUCAUACGAUGUACAAUAUCCAGAAGAAGCCACAUGCACCCUGGCCCCAAAUAUGAGGUUUAUAGUCUCAGGACUAAAUCCGGACACUGAGUAUUCUUUCAAAGUUGCAGCAUUUGAUGGUACAUGCCAAUCUGGCACAUGUGAAGUUAGGGCUUCGACGAGUGCUGUUGCUGAUGAAGCCUCAGACCAUUCAGUAGCAGAAAGAAGCCAAAGCCCGGCUACAAAUUGUAGUAGCCUUUCCAAUCCUUCAUCGGUGGAAGAUGAAAGUAAUAACAUCGGUACGUGUGACACCAAAAUGGAUAGUCAAUUAAUGAAGCAUCUAUCUUAUGGCAAGGAUUCUGAGAAAUUGGUACCUGAUUCUGCUGUUGAUGGCACAGGAUUACGUCAAGAAGUUGGUCUUAAUGAAGUACCCUUGUUGGAGGAGAACUGUGAUAUGCGGAUCACCGGAUCGUUGCCCCAUAUCCUGAACGAACAAAACAAGCACACACAAGAAGACAGAAUGAUUGAGGCAAUGAACAUUGAUAAUGGGUCGAAUAUUCAUGCUAGGGCUAACAUGGAAUGUGUCCCAUUCGGUGGGAGCUUAGAAUCUGCACUACCCAUUACUCCUUGUAAGCUGGAGACUUCUAGGGACGGACCAGGAAGGAUCGGGAGAUUGAAACCGAGCAACAGAGAUUUGGAAAUUGGGAAUGGGAAAGGAGAUGGUCCGCAAGAUGGAAGUACAUCGAAAAAGCGAAGCAGUGAAAGUCGGGAUGAGGAAUGUGAAGCGAAUGCUCAUUCUGAUAGGGAUUUUGAGUAUUAUGUGAAAAAGAUUAGAUGGCUAGAGUGCGAGGGACAUAUUGAGAAGAACUUCAGGCAGAAAUUUCUUACUUGGUAUAGCUUGAGAGCAACGCCACAGGAGGUAAGGGUUGUGAAGGUGUUUAUAGAUACCUUGAUAGGAGAUCCCAAGUCUCUUGCGGAGCAGCUCAUUGACGCAUUCUCAGACUGCAUAUCAAGCAAAGCGUCGUCCGUUGUGCCGUCUGGGUUUUGCAUGAAGCUCUGGCAUUGAAGUUUCUUUUCAAUGGGGGUUGAUGCUUUUAAUUUUGGAUCCGCUAGAUUUCCCUCACUGAAAUUCUUUGAAUCAUGAUUCUUCAUAUGAACAUUGUUAAAAUUAUUUUUAUCACCAGCAUUUGUUAUUAUGCGAUGCUGUAACAGCGGUAGAAUGCAUUUAAGUAGAUUUUCUUUCGCCUUACAGAACAUUGACAUUAAUCCUACAGUGGUUCCUUUACUUAUCGUGGAGGACAUCUCUUUUCUGAUAAUCCUUCUUGCUA